CUGAGCAUUAGCUAAUCCGACCCAGCUGGGCUUGCUCUGGACCUGGGAUGGCUCUGGACAUCAGCUGCUUCUUUUUAGUGGCGCUCUUUUCAGCCAGCUGUGAAGCCAUCGCCUCCUCAGAUCUGACGUGCACUGAGAAAGAAACCAACAAAACAUACAACUGUGAAAAUUUAGGUCUCAGUGAAAUUCCUGGCACUCUCCCAAACUCAACAGAAUGUCUGGAGUUCAGCUUUAAUUUCUUGCCUACAAUUCAAAAUACAACCUUCAGCAGACUCGUAAAUCUCACCUUUCUGGAUUUAACCAGGUGCCAGAUUUACUGGAUACAUGAAGAUACCUUCCAAAGCCAGCAUCAGCUAGACACACUUGUGCUAACUGCAAACCCGCUGAUAUUUAUGGCAGAAACAGCACUGAAUGGGCCCGCGGCACUGAAGCACCUGUUCUUCACCCAAACAGGAAUGUCCAGUCUGGACUUUAUCCCCGUGCACAAUUUGGAAAGCUUGGAAAGUUUACAUCUUGGAAGUAACCAUAUUUCCUCCAUUAAGCUCCCCAAAAACUUCCCCACAGAGAAGCUGAAGGUUCUCGAUUUUCAAAAUAAUGCCAUCCAUUACCUAUCUAAAGAAGAUAUGGAAUCUCUACGGCACGCCACUAACUUGAGCCUCAACUUAAAGGGAAAUGACAUUACAAGGAUAGAGCCUGGGGCUUUCAAGUCAACUGUCUUCCAAAGUUUGGACUUUGGAGGGACUCUCGACUUGCUGGUUAUAUUCAGGGGUUUGCAAAACUCUACUGUUCAGUUGCUCUGGCUGGGGACAUUUGAGGACAUUGAUGAUAAAGAAAUUAGUUCCUCGGUGUUCGAGGGCCUCUGUGAAAUGUCAGUUGAGAGCAUCAACCUGCAGAAGCAUCACUUCCUCAACAUCUCCUCGAAUACAUUCCACUGCUUCACCAGCCUCCAGGAGCUGGACCUGACAGCCACUCACCUGAGACAAUUACCCUCCGGGAUUGUGGGGCUACACAACCUCAAGAAAUUAGUUCUCAGCGCAAACAAGUUUGAUGACCUGUGUCAAAUCAGUGCUGCCAGCUUCCCCUCCCUUACACACCUUUACAUCAAAGGCAAUGAGAAGAAACUUGCCCUUGGUACUGGCUGUUUAGACAACCUAGAAAAUCUUCGUCUGCUUGAUCUAAGCCACGAUGACAUCGAAACUUCUGACUGCUGCAACCUGCAACUCAAAAACCUGUCUCACUUACAAAGCCUGAACUUGAGCUACAAUGAACCCCUGGGCCUAAGGACCGAGGCGUUCCAAGAAUGUCCCCAGCUAGAACUCCUGGAUUUGGCGUUUACCCAAUUACAUGUUAAUGCUGCACAAAGUCCCUUCCAGAACCUCCAUCUCCUAAAGGUUCUCAAUCUCUCCCACUGCCUCCUUGACACCAGCAAUCAGCAUCUUCUCGAUGGCCUGCCAGCACUCCAGCACCUGAACUUACAGGGAAACCGAUUUCCAAAUGGAAAUAUUCCAAAGACCAACCCGCUUCAGAUCCUAGAGAGCCUAGAAAUCCUGAUGUUAUCAUUCUGUGAUCUCUCCUCCAUAGACCCGCAGGCCUUUGCUCAGCUUAAGAUGAUGAAUCAUGUAGAUCUGAGCCACAACAGGCUGACAUCCAGUAGCAUCGAGGCUCUUAGUCAUCUUAAGGGGCUAUACCUCAAUCUAGCUUCGAACAGCAUUAGCACCAUCCCCCCUGACCUCCUUCCCAUCCUGUCCCAGCAGAAAACCAUUAAUUUAAGACAGAAUCCCCUGGACUGCACUUGCUCGAAUGUUUACUUUUUGGAAUGGUAUAAAGAAAACAUGCACAGAGUCGAGGACAUAGAGGCCACUCUUUGUGCAAAUCCUCCAUUGCUGCGGGGAGUCAGGCUAUCUGAUGUCACCCUGUCAUGCAGUAUCACAGCUGUGGGCAUUUUCUUUCUCAUCGUAUUCUUGCUUUUGUUCACCGUUGCGUUGAUUUUCGCAGUGAAAUAUUUUCUCAGGUGGAAAUACCAACACAUUUAGCUCAAGGUUUCCAGAGAAGGCAGAUAAACGGUUUUAUCAGAAUUGUCCUAAGUAAAGGAAAUGUCAUCCACAGGUGACCAGACUUUUCUGGUUCCUAGUGCUGGGCUGGGGUUCCUUGAGCUUUUCCGAACAUGUCUUACUCAUUUGAAUCUCCCAUGAUGCUGUGGUUAGAGGCCCAUGCACUGCUGUGUGAGACAGAGCCACUUCCUCCUGUGAAAAGUGACCCACAACCACUGAACCCCCGAUCUGAACCCCACCCAUCUGAGAAAAGAGAGCAACAUGCCUCAGUGCCCCCACCCUCUGCCCAACCCGGCUAUGCUGGGGCCAACCCUGUCUUUCUCUCUCUCUCUAACUUCUAACAUUUUGCUUGAGGCUGAGCUCCCUGUAAUUGAGCCAUUUGGGAAAGUUAGGCCCAACAAAUUCUCAAUGCUCAUUUCAAAUGACAAAAGGUAAAAAAAUACAAUGAAUUUAAAAGACAAGACAAAGUAAUAAA